CUCUUUCGCUGCUACACUGACACUAUCAUACUGGCCUGAAACGAUGUUUUUUUGGUCCCGCCUUGAACCGUAAUGCAACAGCGAAACUUGUACUCAGGCGAACAAGGCUGCUUCUUUUUGUAUCAGCGUUUUCGUCGCGUUCAUAACGCUGCUCAUUUGAUCUGAUUCCCAGUCAGGAGGCCAGAUGGAUUAAUAGACGAUAUACACGGUCUGAGGUCUGUCCUCACAAUAUUUAUCCGCUUCUCCGAAAUUCUAUUGGGGGAUCAGAGAGUCAGCCAAUUAUGCAGACGACCUUCGCUCCUGGGCGAAGUAAAACCGACUUCUUCGCGAUUCCGGGGAGUAGAGUUACCGUCGGUCCGCCUACCCACGAGCAGUCAGUAUAAUUGCAAAGCCAUCUCGUUGCGAAUUGCCUCAACAGGCUGCACCAUGCACAAGCUCUUGCUGCUAACUGGAACCAUUGCGACCUUGGUUGUACACACGCUCGCCCAUGCUCGUGUGACGACUCCAACUCCUCGGAAGCUUGGAACUGCUGCUCAAACCGCUUGUGGGGCUGCCGUCUAUCAAGUUUUGACAUCUGACCUGACCGGUCCCCUUGAGAACGCCAAAGCCAAGAUAGAUGCGACUUACGACGCGGAAGCUUGCCACCUUUACUUCUGUCGAGGCGCCCAGUACGAAGACAACGUCAGCAAUACCAGGGUUUAUACUCCCGGUACUGUGGUACCCUUCCAUAUCGACUUGGAAGCUCACCAUACCGGUUGGGCUAAUGUCUCCGUCGUAAACCUUGCAACCCAAACGCCAAUCGCUCGUCUCUUCACUUGGCCCGUUUACGCAAAUGAGUCUCUUGGCCCCUCUGAAUGGCCCAAGAACGAAACGGACUUUCAAGUAACUAUUCCGAACUUGGGAGAGCAGUGCAGUCAGCCCAAUGCGUGUGCCAUACAGUGGUGGUGGUAUUCAGGCUAUAGCAACCAUCAGACAUACGAGAAUUGCGUCGACUUCACUCAGUGAUUGGGCAUAAACGCAAGUUGGGGACGGCUGGGUAAGAUUUUAUCUCACAGUAUGCGAUCCUUCAGCGCGUCACAAUCCUUCAGUAACGAAUGCUUUAGUAGAUAGCUGAAAAUGUACAGAGAAUUUACCGUUCACAGGCAGAAUUUCUCA